AUGUAUCAUCAGAGGGCUCAAAUUUGGUUUUGCUCAAAUGAGAAGAGCAGUGGUGGUUUUUCGGAAUUCCCUAAUAAAGUAUUCUACGGAAUUCUAAAUGGCCCUUCCCUAUUUGGCUGCUGCCGUCCUCUGCAGCAAAACAACAACAUAGGCAAAACAGAAAUCGAUGGAGAACUAACCAGUGACAAAGCAACGAGCGACCAUGAGCUGCUGCGAGGGUGGACUCUAAACUUCAAAGAAUAUUCUGUUGCAGAAGCCAAAUCUAUUCUUGAUCCACUUUUUCAACAAUAUUGGAAAGAUUUCUGUGACGCACGUAUCGAUAAGACUCUCGAAUUUUACCACCCAGAUGCCGUUCUUGUUGAAGCUGGAAAGAGUGGCAUUUACGGCAAAGACGCUAUUAAGCAAGAAAAAAUCCGCUAUAAUGAGCAUACGGGAAAAGCUCCCAUGAAGGUUUCUAAUGAAAAAUAUCAGAUGACUCCUGACUACAUCAUAUACAAUGCCGACUACGAAAUCCCUUCGGGUAGAUCUGGGACAAUGACAGGGAAAUUCAGUCAAAUUUGGAAGAAGACCAACGACAAAUAUCUAAUCUUGCGAGAAGAACAUAUCCGCCAAGAAACUCUCGAAUUUUACCACCCAGAUGCUGUCCUUGUUGAAGCUGGAAAGAGUGGCAUUUACGGCAAAGACGCUAUUAAGCAAGAAAAAAUCCGCUUCAAUGAGCAUACAGGAAAAGCUCCCAUGAAGGUCUCUAAUGAAAAGUAUCAAAUGACUCCUGAUUACAUCAUAUACAAUGCCGACUACGAAAUCCCUUCGGGUAGAUCUGGGACAAUGACAGGAAAAUUCAGUCAAAUUUGGAAGAAGACCAAUGACAAAUAUCUAAUCUUGCGAGAAGAGUAUUCUGGUGCCUAA